AUGAAUGAUAACGCCACAAAGCCUAAGUCCACUCUGUGCUCCUCAGUUAAGCGGGUCAAGAAGUUCGAGAGUCACCCCACGCGAGGGAUCAGAGCGAAGGACAGGCUGUCGAAGACCCACCGCAACGCCCUCUAUAAUCUACUGACGGAUGACCUUCUGUCAAUAACACUCUGCAUCAUUCGUUCGUGCCAGAGACUCCUGACUCCAAGCCCGAGCAAACGUUCAGUCCUCCUCGCAACACUCUCCACUCCAAGCAAGACACUCAGCCCUCCUCCACACUCUCGCACUUCAAGCCAAACACUCAGCCUCUCCAACUCCUCCUCCAACCCAAAGACACUCAGCUCUCAGCCACACUCCUCGCCUCGCCAAGUCACUCAGACCUCCUCCAACUCCCCUCCACUCCAGCCACAAGAACACUCAGCUCCUCCUCACACUCGCCUUCCACUCAGCCCAAGACCUCAGCUCCUCGCCACACUCCCUCCCUUCAGGGCCCAAGACACUGCGCUCCUCGCACAACUACCUCCAAUUCCAGCCCAAGAACUCAGCCUCCUCGCACAUCCUCGCCCUUCAGCCCAAGACCUCGCUCCUCGCACACCGCCUCCUUUCAGCCCAAGAACUCAGACUCGCCAACAGCUCCUCGCACUGCCAAGCGCAAGACACUCAGCCUCCUCGGCACCUCCUCCACUCAGUCAAGAACUCAAGCUCCUCGACCACUCUCCCUUCAGCCCAAGACACUCAGCCUCCUCGCACGCUCCCUGCUUCAGCAAGACAGUUCUCGCCUCCUCGCCGCACCCCUCCCUUUCUGCCAAGGCACGUCGCCUCCUCGCACACUCCUCACCAGCCAACGACACUCAGCCUCCUUGCAACACUCCCUCACGCUUCAGCCAAGACACUCAGCUCUCCGGGCCCAAUUUCCCUUCCCCUUUACCCAAGACAACUCAGCUCCUCGCCAACUACUCAUCAGCCCAAGAGCACUCAGCUCCUCGCCGCCUCUCCACUCCAGCCAAUGACCUCAGCCUCCUCGGCACACUCCUCGCACUCCAGCCCAAGACACCAGCCUCCUCGCCAACUCCCUCCCGCUCCAGGCCAAGACACCAGCUCAGCUCGCCACAACUGCACUCCAGCCCAAGACCUCACUACUCCCCCACUCCUUCCAAUCCACCAAGACAUCAGGCUCCUCGCGACUCCCUCACUCCAGCCAAGACAACUCAGCCUCCUCGCCACACUCCUCACUCCAGCAAGACAACUCAGGCCUCGCUCGCGCAACUCCCUCUCAUUCCAGCCAAGACACUAAGGCUCUCGCCACACUCCUCCCUCAGCCAAGGACUACUCAAGCCUCCUCGCAACUCACGUCCACAUCCACAAGACACUCAGCCUCGCUCGCCGCACUCCUCCGCUUCAGCAAGACACUCAGCCUCCUCGCCGCCUACACCUGCACUUCAGCCAAGAAAUCAGCCUCCCUCGCCACACUCCCUCCAUCGCAGCAGCACUACGCUCCCGCCGCACUCCUCCACUCAGCCAAGAACUCAGCCUCCGACACUCCUCACUCCAGCCAAGACACUCAGACUCUCGCGCACACUCCCUCCGUCCAGCCAAAGAGCACUCGCUCCUCGCAAACCUCCUCCAUACCCGAGACACUCAGGCCUGCCGCACUCCUCCAGCUCAGCAAAGACACUCAGCUCCUCUGCACACUCCCCUCCACUCAGCCAAGAACUCAGCCUCCUCGCCACACUAAACCGCAUCCCUCCAGCCGCAAGAAGCUCAAGCAUCACGCAGCACUCCCUCCACUCAGCCCAAGACACUCGGCUCAUCAGCACAGGCUCCCUUCCAACUCAGCCCAAACACUCAGCUUCCUCGCAUCCUCCUCACUCCAGCCCGAGACACUCGCCUCACUCGCCGCACCCGUCAUCCAGCCAGACAUCAGCCUCUCGCACAACUCCUCCACUCCGAGCCCAAGACACUAGCCCCGCACAGAUCUCGCCUUCGCGCAUCACAUCAGCUCUCGCCACACUCUCCACUACAGCCCGAGACACUCAGCCUCCUCGCCAGCACUCGUCCGCCUUCGCCAAGACACUCACCCAAGACACUCAGCCUCCUCGCACAUCCUCGCCAUCCAGCCCAACACUCAGCUCCUCUCACACUUCCCUCAGCCGCAGCACUCAGCUCCCUCGCCACAGCUCUCGCUCCAGCCCAAGACCUCAGCCUCCUCGCCGCACUCCUCCACUCCAGCCCAAGAACACUCAGCCUCCUCCCACACUCCUCACUCCAGCCAAGAACUCAGCCCAGACACUCAAGACACUCAGCUCUCGCCACCUCCUCCACUCAGCCCGACACUCAGCCUCCGGACACUCAACUCUCCUCCUCAGCACUCCCUCCCUCCAGCCCAAGGACACUCAGCCGCCACACUCCUCCACUCCACCCAAGAACUCAGGCACACCCUCCCACUCAAGACACUCCCUCCUCCACACUCCUGCACUCCAGCCAAGACACAGCCUCAGCCUCCUCCCCAGCCCACCUCCUCUCACUCCUCCAGCCCAAGACACUCAGCUCCUCACCCUCCUUCAGCCCGACACUCCUCGCACACUCCUCCACUCCAGCCCAAGACACUCACGCCACACUCCCUCCACUCCAGCCCAAGACACUCAGCCUCCUCGCCGCACUCCCUCCACUCCAGCCCAAGACACUCAGCCUCCUCGCCGCACUCGCCACACUCCCUCCACUCCAGCCCAAGACACUCAGCCUCCUCGCCACACU